CCGCCGCCCCUACCAAUCCGACGGCAGAGCCUCGACGGGUCUUGGCCAGCUCCGACGAUUUCCUUUCCUGGCCGCGCUACAUCCUUGGCCCGCCCGCCCGCCUCAUACCGCCCGUUUCCAUCUCCCCAAAAUCCGGUUGCCCUCCCGCAACCAAGGAGCUCCUCCACAUCCCCACGCCUCUCGCCCGCCCCCCUCCUCCGAUCCCUCCACCACCACGCCGCCAGCCGCAGCGCCGGGUCUCCCCUUCCUCGCGGGCCCGAAUCCAGGGAUCCCCGCCGCCGGAUCACGCCGGGAGGCGCCCCGAUGCUGCCGUGCGCGCGGUCGGCGCUGCGGAGGCGGGGCCUGGCCCUCCUGCGCGGGCGCGCGGAGGGCGGCAGGCGGGAGGCGCUCGCCAAUGCCAGGUGCGCGGCCACGGUGGCCGGCCGCGGGGCCGGGGUCGGCCGCUGGCCCGAUCCGCCGGCGCACACCCAGGCGCGCGGUAGGUGGCCCGCGGCCUCGCAGACGCGGUCCUUCCUCGGGUGCGGCGACGGGGCGGAGGGCAGCGUCCUCUCCAAGGUCUACGAGGAGCGGCGCGUCAUGGGGUACUCCCCGGAGCAGAUGUACGCCGUCGUCGCGGCCGUGGACCUCUACGAGGAUUUCGUGCCCUGGUGCCAGCGCUCCAGGGUUAUUAGGCGCUACGACAAUGGCUCCUUCGACGCCGAGCUCGAAAUCGGGUUCAAGUUCCUCGUUGAGAGCUACGUCUCUCACGUGGAGAUGGAGAAGCCCAAGUACAUCAAGACGACAGCGUCUCAAAGUGGGCUUUUUGAUCACUUGAUAAACGUUUGGGAAUUCAAGCCUGGUCCUACUCCUGGAACCUGUGACCUAUACUUCUUAGUGGAUUUUAAGUUCCAGUCACCCCUAUAUCGUCAGGUUGCUUCCAUGUUCUUCAAGGAAGUUGUUUCCAAGCUUGUGGGAUCAUUUAGUGAUCGAUGUUUUAGAAUUUAUGGACCUGCCGUUCCUGUGCUGGAAAAAUCUUAUGGGCAGGAAAGGUAGAGACAUAAAUGAUCUAAUUUUGAAGAAUAUGAGCUUCAUGAGAACUUGUGUCCGUAUUACAACAGAGGAUUUCUUGCAGAGGAUACAUAUAAUCCACCAUUUGUGAUGUCACUGUACUAUUAGGCAAGUGGGUCAGGAGAGAAAUCGGCCAGAAUUUUCACCCUUUGGCUAUUUCUAAGAUUUUUUCAUGUACUACUAGUUUACUACCCAUCUGUAACAGCAAAAUGGCCAGCCACACACACACAUACACGAUUGUUUACCAGGUCAAUCGGAUCUUCAAACAUGUAUUUCGUCUGAACUGUUGGCCAUAGGCAUAUAAAAGCUCCUGAUAUUAUGUGAA